CCGUUUACAGUGAACAGUUCGAUUUGUUUUGGUUUAUGCCGACUGCGUUUGGUCACGGGGAGCCAAGGUCCACCGUGGUACUCUAACCUGACCUUUACACAUCUUUGACUCACCGCCAAACCCUCCAACAACUCCUCCUCUGAGGUCUGUGUUUCGCCACCCCCUUUUUCAGGGCCGCCGCCUGCCCCGUAGCUCCGUUAUCGGACCCUAGAAGCUGGCCUGCUAGUUAGCAAACAAGCUAACGAUUGCCAGAUUUCACCCAUGUCCUCUGAAGAAGGGUUGAGCUCAACGAUCACGGAUUGGAUUUUCAUCAAUUCUUGGUGGCUCCUCCUGCCAUUCAUCAUGCUUCUUGUCGUUGCUGCCUUCAUUGUUGCCUUUGUGUUACUGUUAUACAUGAUAUCACCUCUUAUUAGUCCCAAACCGUUGAAACUGAACGGGGCCCACGUCGUGGUGACAGGAGGCUCAAGUGGGAUUGGAAAAUCAAUUGCAAUUGAGUGCUACAGGCAAGGCGCUUUCAUCACUUUGGUGGCACGAGAUGAGGCUAAACUGCUUCAAGCUAAGAAAGAAGUGGAGAAAUUUGCAAUCAAUGACAAGCAGGUGGUGCUCUGCAUAUCGGUGGAUGUAGCUAGUGAUUACAGUCAGGUGGAAAGUGUGAUCAAACAGGCUCAAGAGAAGCUGGGGCCUGUUGAUAUGCUUGUGAACUGUGCUGGAACAUCCAUUUCUGGGAAGUUUGAGGAAGUGGAGGUGGACCGCUUUAAAAAACUGAUGGAAGUGAACUACCUUGGCAGCGUUUACCCAACACGGGCUGUCAUAACCACCAUGAAGGAGCGAAGAAUGGGCCGCAUCAUGUUUGUGUCCUCCCAAGCAGGCCAGAUUGGCCUGUUUGGAUACACUGCUUACUCUCCAUCCAAGUUUGCUCUGCGUGGCUUAGCAGAGUCACUGCAGAUGGAGAUAAAGCCGUACAAUAUCUAUGUGACUGUGGCUUACCCCCCUGACACUGACACUCCAGGACUGGCUGAGGAAAACAAGACAAAGCCUCUAGAGACCAAAUUAAUUUCUGAAACAUCUGGAGUUUGUCAACCAGAGCAAGUGGCCAAAAUCAUUGUGCGAGAUGCAGUGCAGGGGAACUUCAACAGCUCUGUGGGACCCGAUGGUUACAUGCUAUCAGCCCUCACCUGUGGAAUGUCACCUGUCACCUCUAUCACAGAGGGUCUCCAGCAGAUUGUUACCAUGGGAUUAUUUCGGACCAUCGCCCUCUUCUACCUGGGGAGUUUUGACAGCAUUGUGCGCCGCUGCAUGAUUCAGAGGGAGCAGUUAAAAGCAGCUGACAAGAGAGAGUGACAGCAGCCUUACCUUCUUCAUAGCCCAGUGCUCCUUCUCCUCCUCCUCUUCCACCCACCACCCACCCCCCCAUCCCGUCCCCUCCCCUCCCUUCCUUCAGCUGUACAAGUGCACAACCGUAGGUGGGGGAAAAGGCCAAGCUUGGAGUGCAUUUCUGAUAUCAGUUUAACAGAUGGGAUGAAAGAAAAUGGCAGAUGUUUACUCUUUGCUUGUCCAGUGAUGUAACUCCCCCAUAAACUUCACAGCCAUUUCUAUCCUUUCAGAGCAUUCCAGUGACUUUUCCGUUUAAUUUUUCCACCUGCUUCUUUUUGUGGGAGCAGCCUUACUUUAGGGGAAUGAGGGCAGACUAAACAUCCCACAGCCUGGUUUUAAAGUAGGUAGGCUUUGUGAACCACUUACAUUAGAUAUCAGGCUUCUACUCGCACAGUGUUGUUUUUUUUUUCUCACAGAGAGAAAAAGCAACAGAUAGCCUGUCUGACCAGUUGUGCCAAAUAUGGCUUAAAAUUCCUUCCCACCAGGGGCUAUAGUGAAAACCAGAAUGGUAACUUUCACCUUUUGCCAUAUUAUUGCAUGUAUCACAAAACUAGUUCCACCUUGUCAGAGUUUUACUGUUUUCACUAAACAAGUCCCUUCUUCUCUACCUUUUCGUACCACAAGUCUUUGCAGGCAAAGCACCUUCCUUUUUGAUCGAAUAACCUCUGUGUUUGAAACCAGUUGUGACCCUCAGCGUUUUGUUGUUGCUGUGGGAUGUUUUGUUUUUGUGCUCUGUGUGUGAACCAAACCAGGAUGUGAUACAACAGCACUCUUCAGUGACAUGAGAGAGAGAGAGCGCGUGUGAUGUUUUUAAUUGUUUUUUAAAUUUUACUAAUGCAAAAACAUAAUAUCCAGAAAAUAAUAUUCAAAAUUUUUUGACGCAGUGCUGGGGCAAAGACUUUUGGGUGAAUUGUUUGCAUGACUGCGUGUGUGUGUUCGUGUUUGCUGUGACUGAGCCAACCCCCGAGGAGAGAAAAGCCAUUCGAUUUUUAUGUCUCGGGAAUAAAAAGACCAAAUUAUUUUCUUGUCAUCCCAGCUUAUUUUAUUGAGAAAGGAAAGCAGGUGCUAUGGGUAGAAGCCAUGAAGUUAAAAGAUGGAGAGAAAAAAACCACCAGCUCAGGUGAUGUCCCUUUUCACCUGCGCAUUUGAUUUGAAUUUCAAUAUACUUUUUUUUUUCCAUAAAUGUGUGAAAGGAAGCUUAUCAUUUUUACAUGCAGUUUUGUGUGUCUGUGCACAUAUUCAGCCACCCCAGUCAAGAUCCAAGUGGGAUCCAUAAUCUGUCAGGGUGGUGUAAAAGUCAGGGCAGGGCAAGACUCGCUGGUCCGAGUCAUGUCUCUGUAGGUCUAGUGAGGGCGCUGGAGAUUUGUUUUACAUAAAGGCCAAAAUAGUAGAGGGACUAGGAUGGAAGUGUGAUCCGUUGUCCUUCUGAUUUUGACCUGCUAUGACUCUGUCAUGCACAGUUGGGACUUUUAACUCCCUAAAUAACACUCGAUUCCCUCCUGAUUUCUGUCAAGCCUUGCAAAGUCUUGUAUUUACCAUAUGACCUUCUUAUUGUUUUACAUAUUGAGGGAGAAAAAGUACAGUGUCGACUCUUGCAAGUCUUCCUUUGGUCCAUCACAUACGGGGAGAAUGUACUUUAAUAUAAAGCAUACAAAUCAGUACAUAGGAAUAUUAUUUUUAAAUACACCAAUAUUUGAAUGCCAAAAUGUGUUAAGACCAUUUCUGUAGAUGCAAUGCAUUUAUUUGAGAUUUAUUUCGAUGUUGCUGCUCUGUUGAUCUUAGAGUUAGUUUAUAAAAGAUGUGGAGCAGUGUGGGGACCCAUUCUAAGCCUUAAGAAAUGACUACUGAUAAAGUUAAUGCUACAAGAAUGGACCUGUCCACAGAACAAUGUGGCGUAACCCAAAUGCGGUUUACCAGUUCAUUUAAUAUGACUUUUCAGUGUAAAAUGCCAACUGUUUUUUUUUUUGUUUUUUUUGUGUGUGUGUGUAUUUUGUCAGUUUCCAGUCUUUGUAUGACAAAAAGAAGCCUUACUGAAAUCCAAGAUAUGAAAGUGAGAAUGGAUGACUCGUGUUUGAUGAUGUUCUCAUUUGACAUUGGUUAAAGGCAUACUGUCCUGCACUCAAGAGCUUUUCAUAAUUGUACAUUUAUUGCUUUCAGAAGUUCUCUUUUACCUUGAGGUAGCAAGACAUAGUUGAUAGAACAUGUAGCCCAUAUAAAAGCAGUUUUGUUUUAACACCUUUUAAGCUAUGCAAAUGAAGCCUGUGCUUACAAUAUGUUUAAACAUACAGUCAAGAUUUAAGUUCUGUAAAACUCAAGUCACUCAUUUCCCCUAUUUAAUGGUGUCGUCAGAUAUGUAUUGAGUUUAUAAGGCUUGAACAUGAAAGUCAGAAUGCACUCUCAUUCUUCUUUCUUGCUUUUGACUUUGUUUUCUGCCAAAAAACUUAACACCUUCACCUUGUGUGCCAUUGAAAGAAAAUGUGAGAAGUGAACGUUUCUUUGUCUUAUUUUCUUACAUGAUAAACUAAAUAAAUACCUGUGAGGAAAAACAAACUGUAA